AUCAAUCAGUUAUUCGCAAGAUGAUGCAGCGUUGCUGGCAAAUCUCACUGCCGCUGGCACGGCGCAGAUUAAUCCCCAGUUUAACAAGUAAGCGUACUGCGGCCACUGAGGCGCCCUUGGACGAGUUGGAUGCCUUUGAGCGUGAAUACCUGAAGCAGCGCAUACAGAUAACACCAUUUCAAAGAUUGCUGCUGGGUGCUGGCUCUUCUUUAGCUUCUCUUCUGGAUCCGCAUCGGCACGACAUGAUUGCGUGCCUGGGCGAGACGACUGGUGAAAAUGCGCUGUGGAACAUUCUGGACACCAUGCAGGCCAGUGAGGAGGGACGACGAAUCCUGGUCGAAAAGCCACGCAUCAAUACCAGAACCAUUGACCUUAAACGCUUGGAGGCAAUGCCGCCGGACACAUUUGGGGCAACCUAUGCCAAGUUUCUGAAAGAUAAUAAUGUCACCCCAGAUACGCGGAUGGAAGUUCAUUUUUUAGACGAUCCGAAGCUGGCCUAUGUAAUGACGCGAUAUCGCGAAUGCCACGAUUUGGUGCAUGCAGUGCUUAACAUGCCAACAAACAUGCUGUGCGAAGUGACUGUGAAAUGGGUGGAGGCUCUCAACACUGGGCUGCCCAUGUGCUAUGGGGGCGCCGUCUUUGGAGCGGUACGACUGCGACCCAAGCAGCGGCGAGAAUACUUGAGACGCUACUUGCCGUGGGCCAUCGAAAAUAGCAAACAAAUGAAGCCACUAAUGCCCAUCUACUGGGAGCGGCGUUGGGAACAAAAUGUUGAUGAGCUGCGAAAUGAAUUGGGCAUUAAAUUGUUGCAAUAAAAUAUAUUAUGAUUUUGUAAUUUAAACUCUA